ACAUGCUUCAAGUUAACCAAUCAAAUGGGUUGUCAUUUUGAGUGUUGCCUAGUCUAUGAACUUUUUGAAGUAUCAUUUCAAUUCUGGAACAUUAUUAACAAGUGGAUGUGAUUUUUUAUAUUAAAAAAUUGUAGAUAAAUGAUCAAGAGGAGUGGGAAAAGUAUAGAAAGUGGGCAGCCACUUGUGUAGCUAUGUAUGCUUCAUAUGCUGUCAGCCUUGUCUCAAUUCUUCAUUGUCGUGAUCAUAUAAGGAAGUCAAUUUCAGAACAAGGAGAUUAUGAAAGAUAUGCCCUAAUUAAGCGGCUAACGACUUUGGAAGAUGCAGAUUGUCGUAGCCAGUUACGCAUGAGCAAAGAUGCGUUUGCCACACUAGUUAGCAUGCUUAAAAGAACUCAGUUUCUUAGAGACAAUCCUCAAAGUAAAGUAGAAGAACAAGUUGCAAAAUUCCUUCAUAUAAUUGGCCAUAAUUUGAGGAACCGUACGAUCAAGUUCUUUUAUAGACGAUCAGGUGAGACUGUUAGUCGACAUUUUCAUCAAGUUCUUAAAGCCAUUAUAUCAUUGGAAGAUAUCUUUUUAAAGCAACCUGAUGGAUUCAACUGCCCUCCAGAGAUUAGAAACAAUCCCAAGUAUUGGCCUUAUUUUAAGGAUUGUGUUGGUGCGAUUGAUGGUACACAUUUUCGUGUAAGAGUGCCAAACAAGGAUGCACAAAGAUACCGAGGACGAAAAUGCUAUCCCACUCAAAAUGCUUUGGCUGCAUGUUCUUUUGAUUUAAAGUUUACAUAUAUCCUUCCGGGAUGGGAAGGAUCUGCUUCAGACUCAAGAAUAUUAGAUAAUGCAUUAACAAGAGAAAUGGAUAAAUUUAUCGUUCCUCAAGGUGAUCACUGAACGUGUAUAUAUGCUGAUGAAUAUAAAUCUAUUUUCU